GUAUAUAAACAAAUGUCAUUAAUUUUAUAUAUUCUUCAUCCAAGAAAAAAAUGAACGCGAAAAUUAUAGUCUGCUAAAUUUUUACAUAAAAAGUUUUAUAAAAAUACAAUUUCGACGGAACCCCUCCCGGCAAAAUAAAAAUGUCUAACGAUAAGAAAUUAAUGUCCACAGCAGAAUCACCAUCUGUACCAGCCUCCAUUAAUGACGCAGCAUUUAGUAAUUUCAAUAAUCGGCCGCCACCACCCUCAUAUGAAGAGAGCCAACGAAUGUACGCGUCUGCUUCAAAUCAUGGAGCACCAAAUCAAUUUCCCGCUCCAUUUAUGCAAACUUCUAAUUAUAACGCUACAUCUAAUUAUAUGCAAAGCUAUACCACAUCAGCACCACCGCCACAAUACUAUCAACACCAUUAUGUUACUGCUACUGCACCACCGACAUUCAACAAUGUGAAGGAACCACAUGUGCUGUCUUUAGCGCCAGGUGCCAAAAUACGCACAACUGCAGCUGGGGCUGUGAGCAUACCUCCUCCGCCGCCCGGCUGUGCUCCAACUGCGGCACAGUAUGCAGCGAUGCAGGGCCAACCUGUUGUGUUAAAAAAAACAAAGCGUUCGUUUUUCUAAGGAAUAACUGAUGAUGAAAACAAGCGUUAAAUAGACAUUGUGGAGAGAGGAUUAAUCAGUGGGCAUCUCUAUAUUUUGCGCGAGUGUAUAUAUGUGACAAGCGCAUUUAGCAUUUCAAUAAAACCAUUGCUUUAA